UCUUCACUUUCAACACAGACAUCAGCAAACAUCCAUCAGGAUCCGCUCACCAGGAUGAAGAAGAAGUUGAUCCUCGACGUGGACACAGGGGUCGAUGAUGCUCAGGGCAUCAUGGUGGCCCUUGUGGCCCCCAAUGUGGAGAUUUUGGGCAUCACCUGCUGCCAUGGCAACACACCGCUGGAGAACGUCCUCAAGAACACACUGCGUGUCCUCAAAGUCUGCAACAGGCUGGAUAUCCCAGUGUACCGCGGAUGUUCAGGGCCACUGCUGGGUCGAAAACGCCACGCUGGAGAUUACCACGGGAAGGAUGGGCUGGGCGAUGUCCCAGAUCCAGAUGCUCCAGGCCUGGAGCUGCUGCAGAAGAAAAAUGCCGUGCAGGCAAUGAUCAAGAUUGUGAAUGAGAACCCUGGAGAGGUGACUCUGGUGGCCACGGCACCCCUCACUAACCUGGCCGUGGCAAUCCAACUGGACCCCUCCCUCCCUAAGAAACUGAAGGCGCUCUACAUCAUGGGUGGAAACAUUGAAUCCAGGGGUAACACCACAGAGUGUGGAGAGUUUAACUUUGUGGCUGACCCUGAAGCUGCCUACAUUGUGUUGGACCGCUACACCUGUCCCACCUACAUCGCCACCUGGGAGUUCAGCUGCAGGAACAGCCUGCCGUGGUCUUUCUGUGACCAGUGGCUGGCCCAAAAAACUAAGAAGGCUGUCUUUAUGAAAGAGAUUUCAUCCCUUUCAAUGAAGAAAGCUCAGUCAGCAGAUUAUCAAAAGGAGAUCACAGCAGGGAAAGGGUUCAAUUCCUGUGACACCUACGCCGUGGCUGCCGCCAUCGAUGACACAGUCAUAACAGAGAGUGAAAAGGUUGCAGUGACAGUGGAGCUGGAGGGAACCUACACCCGAGGCAUGAUGGUGCUGGACUACAUGGAGCUGCAGAAGAAGAAACACAAGGCUUUCAUCAUGAAGAAAUUUGACCUGGAGAAGUUCAAGCAAAUGUUCAUGAAUUCCCUGAAGUAGAAUGAUACUGUAACAAGCUGAAACAUUAAGUCUGUUCACCAUAAUAAAUAAAGCAAAUGUGAACGAAGCAGUA